AUGGUACCAACACCUCAACCAUCAGAUAUAACAUCAACACAUACUAUUGUAGCUGUUAAAUUAUUACAUGAUAAUACUGAUAAUCGUAAUAAACAGGAAUUUAUAAAGGAGAUUAAUAUAAUGAAGGAAAUAGGUGUACAUAAUAAUAUAGUUAGUAUAAUAGGCUGUUGUACAUAUAGAGAUCCAGUAUGUCUUAUUGUAGAACAUGUACCUAAUGGAGAUCUACUCACAUAUCUUCAAAAUAUUCGUCAUGCUAUUGAUACGGAUGAGAAUGUUGUGGUAGAUGUUGAUAAUAAUCAAACUCCGAUGUUAACAUCAGCUGAUCUUCUGUCUUUCUGUCGACAAAUCAGUAUGGGCAUGGAGUAUUUAUCAGAAAAGGGUUAUGUUCACCGAGAUCUGGCUGCCAGAAAUAUAUUAAUAGGAACAGAUAAGAUAUUAAAGAUAGGAGAUUUUGGUUUAGCGAGAUAUAUUUAUGAUGAUAAAAUCUAUGUCAACAGAAAAGGCGGUAAAUUGCCUGUAAAAUGGAUGUCUAUAGAAGCUAUCUUUGAACUGUCAUUCUCUAUUGCAAGCGACGUAUGGUCGUUUGGGGUAGUAGUGUUUGAGAUUGUAACAUUUGGCGGCAAUCCAUAUCCAGGAAUCAAUAACAAAGACCUAUUACAGGAAUUAAAGAAAGGUUACAGAAUGGAGAAACCAGAAAACUGUUCCCAGGAACUAUAUGAUAUUAUGUUGGAUUGUUGGAAAGCGAAACCUUCAGACAGACCAAGUUUCACAAAGUUACGAGAACAAUUGGAAAAGUUGAUAGAAGAUACUUCAGGUGUUGAAUAUCUGCAACUAAAUGUAAAUCUACAAGACAAGCGGUAUUAUGAUGUUGAUAACGAUAAUAUAUCUACUUUCUUAUAGAAUUACUUAAUAGAUAGCAACAGGAUCUCAAACGGGUCUAGUUUUAUAUAUUAUCAAAAAUCAGUAA